AUGGGCGAAUGUUGUAGAUCUUACGUCAGACGUCGGAGAUUCCUAACCGGAGCUCGGCUACCUCUUGGAAGCCUCCGACGACGAGCUUGGCUUCCCUCCGUCGACUGCGUCGUCAAGCGAGGCGGAGAACAACGAAGAGACCGAGUUGGUCCGAGUUCCGUCGGACUCGGCGAGUUAUGGGGGUUUGAUGAUGAGAUCCCGAGUUACAACUCGUUCGGGGUUGAGAAUUGUUGUUCAACAUCUUUGGACAUAAACACCAUUGAGGGCAGUCCAAAGAUUGUGGAAGUGGACACUGGCAAGCCCAAAUCAAGAUCCCAGAGAACCAAAACCUGGGUGUCAGAUUUCGGCGACGACCUAUUUGGCCAAACACUCUCCUCACCCUUUCCAUGUCGAAUUUUGACCCGUUUAUCAAUCAUCGGUCACCGGAACUCCCAAGACAUCGAUUGGGGACUAACCGGCGACGAAUGCCGGUUCUCUAUGGCCGAAAGCACCCCUCGGUUUGUAAAUUCUGGUGGGUCUAAUGCCCCGGUGACGUCGGUGAAGAACGUCUAUGUUGAUACUUAUUUCCGGCAGUACAUAAAUUAUCCAAAUAACAUGGCCAGUACACAAUCAUUCAAGGCCAAAUUGAGGUCCCAAAGUGCUCCAAAGCAGAGGCCUAAACCUGAAUGA